AUGCACCGUGCUUUGGCGAUUGUAGAGAUAUUGGCUGCAAUAUUCGGGCUGCUAGAGAGGGAUUCAAACGCUCGCAACGCACGAGUGUGUAGGGCAUGGUCGGACGAGGCACUCCAAAACGUUUGGAGAAUUGUCGAACCAGGAGUUUUCCGCUCACUGGCGUCAAUGAAGGUCUACGGGAUCUCCCAUGAUGGCACUGUCAAACUCCUGUCUUUUACGCGGCCCAUCACCGCUCACGACUGGCAACGCUUCCAGCUCAAUAGCGGUCGAGUACGGAAGUGGUUCGAUUCGUCGUUCAUGGCGAAAUAUCGAUUGUCGCCGGAAGCCUUGUGGGAUAUACGCUUCACCUGCCCCACGGUCAAUAUCUUUCCGCGUCUACGAGUCAUCACAUGCAUCACAGCCGGGACGUCCGAGCUUGAACCGUUGCUAAUGAGCAACUCUGUCAAGGUCCUGUUUUUGAUGUUUAACUAUGACAUGAGUUACACAGACUUUCUGUCGGCGCACCGCUUUCGUUCGGUCAUCGACAAUAUACGCGGUCACAUGCCGGACUUACGCACUUUGAAGAUUGCUUGCGACAAACCGAUCCCAAAUCUCGAUGACGAGCUUCUCUCACUGCUCGAGAGUGCUUCAGAGAUAAAGCAUCUACAACUUCCUCCUCAAUGUUUCAAUGCAAGUAUUGCCCAAACACUAUCCUGCUUCAAGUAUCUCCGAACGGUGACAAUGGACACCGAUGAUCCAAUUGGUCCGUGGCCUUGUACUACCCCGUCUUUGUGUUCUGCAGACAAGCGGCUUGGUCCGAACGCUUUUCCAUCACUCCACGGACUGGAGUUCUCGUCUUGCAACAUCGAGGACGCAUGGGGUUUCUUAUCUCAACCUGCUUUCCCAUUUCGCGAUCUCAAAAUCCUUUUCAUCCAUACCCCAACAAUUCCUGCCCCCGCGCACGUUCAAGCACUUCUUGAAAGUUUCAACUCGAUUUGCACUGCGUUAACUACACUUAUCCUGUCCUUUCACGAGUUCGAGUAUCGUGGCGGACAUAAUCUCCUCCUCACGCCUCGACUGAACAUCCAGCACUUGAUGCCCUUUGUGCAUUCCCGUACGCUCACCUACUUCGCUUUUAGUCACCCGUACCCCAUCGAAAUGGCCGACCAAGACGCCUCCGAAAUCGCCACCCAUUGUCAGCGAUUCAAAAGCUUGCUUCUGAACCCACAUCCUGUCGUCACUACGCCUACAUCCCUCACGUUGAAAGCGCUAAAGAUAUUCAUCACCGAAUGUCCCCACCUUUGCGAGCUGGGGCUCUACCUGGACGCCUCAGUCUACGUCCCUCCAGCGGUGCCGUUACAUGCCAGUGUCCCCCAUCCUCUUCCAAUCGACCUCUACCUCGGACGUUCGCGUCUGCCGAUUGCUCCGAUUUCGCCGCUUAUGGCAUAUUGCUCCAUUGCAGAAUUUUGCGCCUCUAUUCUGUCGCCUUCUUGUGUCUGGGUAUGGCCGGAAGAUGAUGAUUUUUAUCCAGAGUUGAAGAACGCGGGGCUGUGGCUGGCUGGGUUGGGCGGACACAAUGAUUUGAUGGAGUACGAGAAUGGAUGGAAAAUAGUGGCGAGUAUGACGGAGGCGAUAUUACAGGAGAGAGGCCCCAUGUCAGGGGAUAAUAAAUGGGUGUCCCUUUCGCUAUGGCCAUAG